AUGGCAAUAGUGAUCGGCAACAUUGUAAUCAUCCUUCUAGUGUCAACCAAUAGCAAUCUCAAAAUCCCGAUGUUCAUCUUUCUUCAGCACCUUGCUCUCGCAGAUGUCCUCCUGGCCACAUGUAUAAUUCCACUGAUGGCAGAGGUUAUAUUGAAGACAAAGAGAGAAAUGUCUGUAGGCGGAUGUAUCAUACAGCUGUACUCCUUCUUGAAUUUCGGAUUUGUGCAAUGUUUCAUCCUUGCUGUAAUGUCUUAUGACCGAUAUGUAGCUAUUUCUAAUCCUUUACAUUACAUUUUAAUUAUGGAUCGUAGAAUCUGCUUCCUGUUGGGUUUUGGUUCUUGGGUAAUAACUUGGACUCUAUCUUCAACUGAAAUUAUUUUCAUAGCUCAGUUUGAAUUUUGUGACCUCACAGACAUUGAUUACUUUUUUUGUGAUGUGGGUCCACUCGUGAAAUUGUCCACAUCAGACACAUCUAUCGCACAAUGGUUAGACUUUACAUGCUCUGCCUUUUUGUUUUUGUGUUCUCUUGCAUUUAUCAUUGGGACAUACAUCUACAUUUUUACUGUCAUUUUCAAAAUGUCAUCCUCCGCUGGCAGGAAAAAAGCUUUUUCUACAUGUAGUGCCCACCUGAUCUCUGUGUGUACAUAUUAUGGGUCCAUAAUUACCAUUUAUGUGAUUCCAGCCAAUGAGAAAUUACCUUUCGUAAACACAAGUACACUUCUUUGUUGUACAUUGUAG